UCUAACUGUCGUUGUUAUUGACGUAGUCGGUGAAAAAUUGAUCACAUUGUAACGUUUUUUUCUUAGUAUUGUUCACUGCUAAUAAGUUGUGGGUCAACAACUUCGUCAGUCUUCUGUGAUUCAUUAAUACUUCCGAAAGGACAUUUUAAAAGAUUGCCCACACUUCGUAAUUUACAAUAGUUCAGUGAUCCUUUCGUCACAAGUACAAAACCUCUAAACAGAAUUGAUGAGGUGGUCGAGGUUUUAAACCUUUUCCGUAUUUUUUUAAUGCCAGAAGGACACUCAUCAGUGGAUAUCGUAGCUAAUUUAUUGCUUAAACUGAUAUAAAGAAACAUGUCGAGAGAGCUGGGAGACGGCCACCGGAGGUUUCUACAGACCCUGAUGGCCGUUGGCAUCACUGACGAGCAAGAAGCAAGGGCACUUUAUCAGCACUGCUGUGACACACACACGAUGCAGUGUAUUCCUGACAAACUGGAUGACUUUAUUGAAGCCAUCAACUCCAGACUGCAGCCCAUGUUCAUGCAGAUCAGAAAAGGCAUGUCUGAGGAAAAUGGCCGCCAGUACUAUGCCUUGGUCAACAUGGCGGAAACCGAUAUCACCAGGAUGACGUCAGAUUACGCAGACAACGAACUGGAGCUGUUCAGGAAAACGCUGGACCUAAUUGUUAGCUCUGAGAAUGGGAAGGCCUCCUCCACAGACAUCCUGAACAGCACCGACACCAUGACCUCUAAAAAACUGAAGAAGAGUGAAACGGAGCAUCUUCUGACUCGACUGGUGCAGGACAACUGGCUUUGCGAGAGACGUGGGGAGUACACGCUGUCCACUCGAUGUAUCAUAGAGAUGGAGCCGUAUAUUCGCACAAUGUAUCAAGAGCAGGUCAAAGUGUGUCACAUCUGUCACAACAUCGCCUUUCAGUGCCAGAUUUGUGAGAAUCCCUCCUGUGGAAUAAAAAUCCACAACCCGUGUGUUGCCAGAUACUUCAAAGGAAGAGUGGAGCCACACUGUCCAGCUUGUGACGACUUUUGGCCGCAUGAAAUCCCUGAAGUAAGAGGGCUCCGUUCUCAGUCCAAGAGGUGAUUUCAACGUUGUUGUUUUUGUUUUUAACAAAAUGAUGUUAGAACCUCUGUAUUAAAACAUACUGUAUAUUACCUUUUGUUUAUGCAAGUAAAUUAGAUUUUGUUAUAUUAUUGUCUUGUUGUUUACACACAUUGAAAAUAAAAUCAUGAUUUCUAA